GCCAUUAUCUCCAAACGGGAAGAGAAGAAUCACACACACAAACGCACACACACAACGCGUAGUGAUAUGAGAACCAGGAGAGGGCUGUGUUAUCCGAGAGUGAUGAAUAGGUGCGUCGAGAAUAGCAGCGGCGGAGUGGCGAAGAGGAGGAAAGUCGACCUCGCCGGAGACUGCCGGACGAUUUUUGAAACCUCGCCGGAGGUUACCGAAGGAUGCGAUUUCUUCGAUGCUUUACCCGACGAUCUCGUCCUUUCUGUUCUCGGCAAGCUCAGCUCCACCGCCGCCUGUCCAGCCGAUUUCGUAAACGUUUUGACGACAUGCAAAAGACUGAACGGAUUAGGCCUUCAUUCUCUGGUCUUAUCCAAAGCCUCUCAUAAAAUGUUGGCCGUUAAAGCUAGCAGCUGGUCCGAGUCGGCUCACCGAUUCCUCAAACUCUGCGCCGAUAGCGGAAACAUCGAAGCUUGCCACACUCUCGGCAUGAUACGUUUCUAUUGCUUGCAAAACCGAAGCAGCGGCGCAUCGCUAAUGGCGAAGGCGGCGAUCGGCUCGCACGCCGCCGCGCUCUACUCGCUCGCCGUGAUUCAAUUCAACGGCAGCGGCGGCUCGAAGAACGACAAGGACCUCCGCGCGGGGGUCGCCCUGUGCGCACGCGCCGCCUUCCUCGGCCACGUCGACGCGCUCCGGGAGCUCGGCCACUGCCUGCAGGACGGCUACGGCGUGAAGCAGAACAUCGCGGAGGGGCGCCGCUUCCUCGUCCAGGCCAACGCGCGCGAGCUCGCCGUCGUCCUCGCCUCGAAUCCCUCGGCCGUCGUUCCGAGCUCCUGGCUGACGUGUAACCACCGGGGCCACGUGGCCGGGGGCGGAGGCGGAGGCGGCGGGUGCCCCUUGCUGAGCGAUUUCGGCUGCAACGUGCCCGCUCCCGAGGCACACGCCGUGAACCGGUUUUUAUCGGACUGGUUCUCGGCCCUGGCCGAGGGAGUGCCCGGACCGGGUUUGAGGCUUUGUUCUCACUCGGGCUGUGGGCGGCCCGAGACUAGGAGGCAUGAGUUCCGGCGGUGCUCUGUGUGCGGAGCAGUGAAUUACUGCUCCCGCGCUUGUCAGGCGCUGGAUUGGAAGCUCCGCCAUAAGGCGGAGUGCACCCCCGUGGAGCGGUGGGCGGACGAAGACGGAGAAAACGACGGAAACGGCUGAAGGAGUCGAGAGAGAUAAUGGAGAAUGUGGGGGUCAAAUUGUAGAGAAGAGAAAGAUUUGGGGUCAUUUUUUGAUGGACAAUUGUGGUCAAAGUUUUUUUUGUAUAGGAAUGUAAAGUGAUGUCUCUCUCUCCCCCCUUAAUUAAUCUCAUUAGUUCUAGAGUUUAUUGAGAUUUAAAUUCGAUAAAAACAAAUAUUGAACUUAUAGCAGUACAAUAUUCAAUUCAAGUCCUCUUCUUAGUUUUGGUGA